AUGUCCUACGUAAUUCUCGGAAAGCGAGUUCUGAACGAGCACCUGGCAGUGGGAACCUUGGCAGUUUUUGGUACCGGUGUCGCUCUGGCUAUGCGAGGAGGGUCGAAAACCGACAAGUCUCAAAUCCCAGCUCCAGUCGUCAACAGCUCUUCGAAAGACGAAGAGGCUUUUAUCCGGGAAUUCAUAGUAGCAAUCUUCUCUUUAACAACUUAA